AUGGCGAUUCCCGGCGCGGAGGACCAGAUCGACCCCGCGACGUUUGAGCAGAUUCUCGAAAUGGACGACGACGAGGAUGAGCGCGAGUUCAGCAAGAGCAUCGUGUACGACUUCUUCGGCCAGGCAGAUAGCACGUUUUCCAAAAUGGACAAGAGCCUCGAUAAGAAGGACCUCAAGACGCUUAGUGAGCUCGGCCACUUCCUCAAAGGCUCCUCCGCCACCCUCGGCCUGACCAAAGUCAAGGACUCGUGCGAGAAGAUCCAGCACUUUGGCCAGAUGAAGGACGAGACGGGCACAAAGGACAUCACCGAGGAAGAGGGCCUGAAGAAACUCAAGGUUAUCGUCGAGCAGGCUAAGAAGGAGUUUAUCGACGUGGAGAAGGUGCUUAGGGAAUUCUACAACGAUGAGGAUUGA